GAUGGGUGUGGUGGAGAUGGACGAGUUGGGGGACAGACAGAUGGACUUUGCUGUGUGGGACACCGUCAACAUCAAGACCGGAGAGUUCCAGGUGGUGUGUGUGUAUAACAGCAGUAUGAAACAGCUGAUCAUGCAGAGUGGGCGGAGCUUCCAUUGGCCAGGUGGCUCUCCGCCAAGAGAUGUCCCCGAGUGCGGCUUCAAGAAUGACAAACCGGCCUGCCUCACACGUACAGUUACGAUGCAUCAGAUGGUUGCCAUAGUGAUCUGCUUCGUCUUUGUCAUCAUUGUUACCGUGACCGUCUUCAUCUACAGAGAGAUCACAGCGAGGCAGAGGAUGAAGUGAAGGGAUGAAGGGAUGUAUAGAUAAAGAGGAAUAAACUUGUUUUCAUCUCU